ACACCCUCUUGUGGGGGGUGAAUAUAAGAAAUUUACAAACUAGAGGGGCUAGAUGUGAUUCCUAAAAAAUAAGGAGCUUCUUUUUGUAAUUACACUUUAACUCAGGGAGUUAGUUGUAAUUUCCCAUCAAAAUAAUAUAUACGUUCAUCUUCAACACUGUUCUUCCACAGGGACAAAAACCUCGACUCUUAAACCUCCAUAAUUUCCAUGAAGGAGCUGCCGCGUCUUCCAUCAGCAUAGCUUUCUUUGUUACCGAUUUUGACCCUAUCCCCGGCGAUCUUUCCGUUUAGCCCAACUGCGAAUUUUGUUUUAGCUACCAGUUUGACUCAGCCGAGAUUCUCCGAAUGACAAAGCAUUGAAAGAUGAUGUGGUUAAGGAGCAGGAACACCGUCACAUAUUUGGAAGCUGUAACAAAAUUCUCAAGAUCGCAAUGGCUUUUGACAUCCUGCUCUUAUUCAGACAUUUCGUGCAAGAAAACGAAAAUGGCACCACUACAGGAGCGGAGAAUGAUAGAUCGAAUCAGGCUAUGGGCUAAAGCAGGGGAUGGUGGAAAUGGUUGUUCCAGCUUUCGCCGCAGCCGUUCAGAUCGUCGUGGUAAACCUGAUGGUGGGAACGGUGGAAGAGGUGGUGACGUCAUUCUAGAAUGUUCCUCAUCGGUCUGGGACUUGAGCAGUGUGCAACACCAUAUUAAUGCAAAGAGAGGAGGACAUGGGGCCCCCAAGAAUAUGAUCGGAAGUCGUGGUGCUGACAAGAUUGUUCUAGUACCUGUUGGUACUGUUCUUCACCUUCUAGAAGGCGAACUUCCGUCCACAGUCGAGAAGAAAUCUUCUGGACCCUUGGAUCCAUGGGAUAUUCCAGGCACACUCGAUUUCUCUUCCGAAGAAUCUUCUCAACAAUCUCCCAUUGACAAAACAAGCGUCAAGAUCGAGAAGAAAGACGAGGGCCCCGCUCCUUCAACUAAACAAACCUUAAACCGAUUCCCUGCGUCAACAGAAGAUUCCCAAAACGAACCCGAAACUAAUUGGUUCAGUGAGGCACAAGGGUUUAGCGAAUGGGACAAUUUCGAUGGCAAAACGGAUAUUUCCGAACCAGAGUCGGACGAAGAAGAAGAAGAAGAGCAAAUACAAUAUAAUGUUGCUGAAUUAACAGAGCCCGGCCAAAGAAUAAUCGUUGCUCGAGGAGGUGAGGGUGGCUCAGGGAAUUUGGAAUCUGAAAAAGUCUAUCGGGCCCACAAAGACAACAACACAAAUGGGGACAACAAAGAGUUAUCCGAUGAUGACGUGGCGCCUAAUAUAGGCACGCCCGGUACUGAAACCAUUCUCUUAUUGGAGCUCAAGAGUAUUGCUGACGUGGGCCUUGUAGGAAUUCCGAAUGCAGGCAAAAGCACUCUUCUCGGUGCACUCUCAAGAGCUAAACCUAUAGUGGGGCAUUAUGCCUUCACUACACUAAGGCCUAAUUUAGGAAACUUAAACUACGACGACCUUUCGAUUACGGUGGCUGAUAUACCGGGGCUUAUAAAGGGGGCCCACGAAAAUCGAGGACUUGGGCAUGCUUUUUUACGGCACAUUGAGCGGACAAAGGUGUUGGCUUAUGUGGUGGAUUUGGCUGCAGGGACAGGUGGCAGAAAGGGUGUGCCGCCAUGGGAGCAGCUGAGGGAUUUGAUGGUGGAGCUGGAGUUUUAUAGUGAGGGGCUGUCGAGUAGGCCUUGUUUGGUGGUGGCGAAUAAGAUUGAUGAGGCGGGGUGCGAUGAGGUGUACGAGGAGUUGAGGAGGAGGGUUACGGGUGUUCCGAUAUUUCCGGUUUGUGCUGUUCUUGAUGAAGGGAUACCGGAGUUGAAAGAUGGUCUGAAGUUGCUUGUGAAUGGGAGAGAGUUAUGUGGACUUAGUUUGGAGAAUGUUUUAGUUGAUUAAGAGCGUAGACAUGAUUUAAACUUUUUUUUUUUUUUUUUUUUAAAUUUUUAUGCACGAGAAAUUACGUAAUUAACUAAAUUCAGCUUUUCUGCUUUAAUUUCUGAGUGGGUUAAAUAAAAAAAAAAAA